AUGGACGUGCGUGUUUGGUCCAUUUUCUCUGGCGAAUUAUUGAGCAGAAUUGCUUUGGAAGCUGGCCCUGGUGUUACUGGAGCAGACAUCAAAAAAAUACUCUCUGACCAGCUGGGAAUCAAUAGGUUCAGACAAGUGUUGUAUUCGAAGGAUGGAACACAGAUUCUAAAUGGAGAAGUCUUAAACCAAAUUGAGCAUGAUGUGCAUUUGCUGGUCAAAGGAACCGGGCACGUUUCGUGCAACGAGUCCCAGCGAAGUCAAAUGGUUGAAGCUUCUUCGGCUAAUAAACUGCAGAUCCUGGAACUGCUAUUGUACGAGCAUCUUGAUCCAAACACUACAGACGCAUAUGGCAGAACCCUACUAGAAUUGGCAGCUGGCGGAGAUCAUCUGGACGUAGGCAAUCUUUUAUUGGAGGCUGGUGCUGAAGCAGAGACGAAAUCAGCCAUAAGCACUCCUCUUUUGACAGCCACCAGAAUGGGCAACACCGAAUUCGUGAACCUUCUGUUGCAGGCUAAUGCAAAUCCUAAUCGUUGCUACUGUGUUCGACCUGGAUUUCAAAAAUGUUGGACACCUUUGAUUUGUGCUGUUCGCCACGACGUGGAUUACGAUUACAGACACGCAACUAUCGUUCCCAUGCUCAUUAAAGCGGGAGCAGACGUGAACUACAGCUGUGAUAGCAAGCCACCCUAG